AAGUUCAAAGAUUAAAAGAGUUCUGAAGAGAGGGUAUCCAUAAGUGCUCUUUACAUAUUUUAAAGCUGUUGUAUCAUUAGGAAUUGGUCAGUAUAAAGAAGGCAACAGACUUAUUGACAUCCCAGAAACACUGAAGGCUUCAAAGUUGAAAGAACAAUGACUAGCAUUAUAGCGAAAAUAAAGCUAGAAACUGAGGCUCCCUCACAGGAGGUUGCCCUCAUAGCUAAAGAAGAGCUCAGAGAAACUCCGGAGAGAGUCAAGGAAGCGACUAAGGCCCUUCGAGAACUUCUUAAAGCCGACAAAACUUUGUAUUUUCGGGACGACGAUGAGUUCCUCAUCAGGUUCCUACGGCCGACGAAGUUCUACCCUGAAAGCGCUCUGCAGUUGAUGAGAAGAGCUGCAGAGUUCAAGUUGAAGAACGCCUCCAUACUAGACAAUCUUAUGCCCAUUGAUGAGGAGAAGUCAUUACUUGAAAACGACGUGGUAAAUGUGUUGGUGGACAGGGAUCAGAAAGGCAGGCGGAUUCUUGUAACCCACACUGGAUCAAUUUGGGACCCUUCUAAAGUAAGUGCAGAUCAGAUAUUCAGGAUAUUCUACCUCGUGCACCUCGCUGCUCUAAAGGAACCAGAGUCGCAAAUUUGUGGAGCUGUAGUCAUAAUGGACUUCGAUGGCUUAGGAAUGAAACAAGUGAAAGGACUCACUCCUACUUUUUCCUUAAGGCUCCUUACUUUCAUCCAGGAAGCAAUGCCAUUAAGACUGAAGGAGGUUCACAUUGUUAAUCAACCAUUCCUGUUCAACAUGGUAUGGCAAAUGUUCAAACCCUUCGUUAAGGAAAAGUUGAAGAAGAGGUUGUUCUUCCACGGAAAGAAAAUGGAGUCGCUCCAUGAACACAUUGAUCCAUCGUACCUGCCUGAAGAUUAUGGCGGUAAACUUCCCAAAAUCAAUUAUUCCAGCGUGGAAUGGUAUCCUGUUCUGAGGACAUUGGACGAUGAUUUUAAGGAAUGGAAUUCCUUUGGAGUCGUUGAGAAGAAAUCUAGUCCAGUCCUCGCAGGUAAGUGUGUACAGUCUUUUAGUGAUGCCGCUGGUUCUCAGUUCUUGCUGAGUGUUGGAUGGUGCAGGAUGGCCGAAGAACUUCCUCCGCCAUGUGUUCAGAUUGGAGAAUACGUCCUCCAAUUCGAAAAAGAGGAGAUGGGAGCAGAGUUUGAGGAACGGGCCAGAAAGGAGCUGCGAGAGACACCGGAGGUUGGAAACGAUGCCAUAGCAGCCCUCAAGGAUUUACUAAGAGAUGACAAGGAAUUACUGUUUCCAUUGGAUGAUGAAAAUAUGCUUCGUCCAUUCUUGCGCCCAUGCAAGUACUAUCCUGAAAGCGCAUACGAAAAGAUGAAGCUGUUCUAUAAGUUCAGGCUGAAGAAUCCAAAGUUUUAUGACGAACUACUGCCCAAUACGAUAAAGAAUACCAUAUUACAAGACGUUCUUACAAUAUUUCCUCUUCGAAGUCAAUUUGGCAGAAGAAUCUUCCUAGUUCAUGUUGGAAAGUGGGACGUAAAAAAACUGUCGCUGACCGACAUUGUCAGAUGCGUAUUCUUGUUCGUAGACAUAGCCAUAACAGAGCAUCGCACUCAGAUCAGUGGCGUGGAUGUGAUCUUCGACCUGGAAGGCCUCAGCAUUCAGCACAUCUACCAAAUCGGCCCCUCUUUCGCGAGUAACAUUCUGCAUUGGGCUCAGGAUUGCGUUCCACUAAGAAUCAAGGGUCUCCACAUUGUGAACCAACCCUACAUAUUCAACAUGCUGUUUGCAAUCUUCAAGCCCUUCCUGUCAGUGAAGUUUCGAAAAAGGAUAUAUUUUCACGGCAGAAACUACGAAUCGCUUUUGCGCCAUAUUGGCGCAAAGUAUUUACCGAAAGAGUACGGCGGGACAAUGGACCUUCCGCAGGUUAACAGGAUGGAGUUCUAUCAGCUACUGUGCAUGUAUAAAAACGAUUUUGAAGAAGGGAACAAGUACGGUUACGAGAAAACGACCAAGUGACAAGACGAUAUAUAUAUAAUGUGCAGAUCAACCAACGUUAACGUUGACGUAUGCAAUAUUAAGCCAGAAAAAGAGGAUUUGUAACACACCACUUGCAGAGGCCAAAUAUUCCUUCACCGGGUUAAUAUCUGCAGAAAUUCAGUUGCGUUUCUAAUGCAACACACGUUGUGUGUGUUACUGCAAGGAUUUCUCGUUUGAUAUCAAUUAAAGUACUACAUAAAAGGAAAAUAUCAGGCUUAACACUGUAGUAGAAGAUGAAGAAGGCUCAUCACCGAUGUACCAGUCUGCCAUUGUACACAGUCCUAAGCCAGAUACAUCUACCUCAUAACCCAUCGCCGUAACAUCUUUCCUUAUGUUGCACCAUCUCUUUUUACCUUGUUCCAGGUGUGUUGUUUCUCAGGGGCUUUCUCCACCAAAAUUCUAGACAAAUUAAUUUUCUAGCUGCAUGCUCAAACCAUCGUAACAUUUAUGUAUUUAAACAAUACGAUUGAUUAGGCACAAUGUGUUGUAAUGAUUUAUUUUGCUCAAGUAUGAACCUAUCAUGACAUUUAACUGAAGUGUAUUGUGUGAAUUAAGUAAAACAGAGAUCUUUUUAAAGAGAA